AGAUGGACAAGUGAGAAGCCUUAUGACUAUUUAGAAAAUGAGUGGGAUUAUGAUUACCUCAGCACAGUUAUGCAAAUAUCAUUGUAUAUACGAUGCACGGAAAGAAUUCAUACAUUUCUUGGGCACAGACACACUGCCUGCUGCAGUCACAAAUUACUUUAGUGAGGCACACGAGGUUCUACACAAUUUACACAAGAAAUAUCAACCAUAAGGAUGAUCAAGAGUAAUAGCAUAAUGUAUUCCCAACUGAGGGUGCAGCCCAUGGUAUCAAGGGAACUUUUUACCAUCCACACUAAACUUGUUCAACAAAUGAGGCCAUGGGGCAAAACUGGUGGCUCACCAUAUGUCAUAGAUGUUAAGAGAGACAUGCACAUAGAACUAUUUGCUGUUAUUAAAAAGUUAAUGGAAAAUUGCACACUGAAUGUGUCUACAAAAGAGACUAGAGCAAGUAUUACAAUUUCCAUCAGAAGUGAAAUAAGGGCCAAAGCCCUGUUUAAUUUCAUGAAUAUGGGUGAAGAGAAAUUUUUUCCUUAUAAAAACAUUUUUGCUUGUAAUCGAAGAGAUGGGAGGGGCAAAUUACUCAUAACAGAAACACUAUGAUUUUCAAGAAAUAUGAUAUAAGACAUGUUACAUCCAGUUCCCAUUGUCCAUCUUCAAAUAGAGAGGCUGAAAGAGCCAUCCAGACAGCUAAGCAAACUUUGAAACAAACGGAUCCAGCUAUUGCAUUGCCGAGCUACCACUGAACUCCCAACAACAGGUCCAACAGGAUAAAGUCCAGCAGAAAUCCUAAUGUCCAUAAAGCUAAGAUCCACAGUACCAACAUUACCACAAAAUAUUGAACCGAAUGUCCCUGAUCAUGAACUUUUAAAGAAAGGGACAAUGUGGCUAAGUAACGUUACAAAUAUUUCUACGACAAACAUAAUUGUGCACAUCAUCUAGAACCACUGAGUUAACGUGACUAUGUACAUACUAAAAUUGACAAUGAAUGCACACCACAAGUAUUUUGCAAUAGGCCGUGAUGUUAACUUACAAUGUUCUCACCAAAAAACAGAUCGAAUUUAUGCUAAAUCACCACCCUUACAUCAAAGUACAAUGUCUUAUGUACCCACCAGAGGAAAAUAAUUAAAAUCGGUAUAUUGAUUUUUUUCCUUGUCAUGGUUUAUCCCCUCU